UGUGUUGUAGACAUUGCGACCCCUGGUUCCUAUCACCACCACUGUGAAGUGAAUAUGAGUCACUAUGUUUCUCUACAAUUUCACACCAAACCCCUCUGAAGGACUACAUCUCAAUGAUGACAUCUCAGUUAUGCAGUAAGUGGAAUUCCCCUUUACCAUUUUCAAGUCCAUGUGCCACAUCUCACCAGUAGGUGGCGGUGGAGACUUCACAACGAGAGAAGCGUGUCAAAAAGAGUCCUACAAAAAGCAGCCUGAGUGGAGUGCUGUGUGGUUUUGGUCAGUUAUGUAAUGCAUUAGAGACCUAUUUCUAGUAAGGCAGAUAACAAACAGAGUACUUUCUCUUCAUAUAAAGUGUUAGCGAGAGGAUUUUAUACCUUGCUUUUUUUCUUUCUGUAGAAAGUCCUACGAACUGUGAUAUUUUGUAUCGCGAGAAGCAAAAGACGACAAUAAAAGCUCUGCUAUUUAAUCGCAACCCUCUGCAGUGGUGUUUGUUCAAGGCUACUGGUUUUAAAACCUGGAGGUUACGCAGGCAGAUGUACUUGUGUCUCAGUAGCUGAGCCUCAUAUGGACAAUAAACACGGAUCCACUUGCUUGAAACGUGUGCGUGUCUGCGGGUGGAGUAAAUACUCUUCCCAAACACUCAGAGUGGGCUUCUAAGAGUGGGUCAGGAAAGUCAGGUUAGCUUCUGACAGGCUGGGCUGUGCUGAAUAAAUUGACUCUGGUCAGGCAGCGUCCAAGUAUAUGAGUCUGAUGCUGAGGCAGGACGUGCCUCAUUCAGACCGCGUGUACCUGAGAGAACCGCUGCCGCUAACGAGGCACACCUGAACUGGUGGAAAUGUGAGUUUGGCUCUCCGCUUUAUAUCGAGGAGCGCUCAGACCAGGAGGGUCCAGCCACACCAGCAAGGCUGCGUGAAACUUCCAGAGGAGGCUGAGCAGCAUUGGCGCACACGCGCGCUCGCACACGCACACGCACUCUCUCCCUCUGGACUUCAGCAGCUCUCCUGCGCUUCUCCAGCAGUGGGUACACUCGCUCGUCAUGAUGGAUCUAAGGCUGUGGGGAUGCGCGCUCCUUUUCCCCCUCCAGAUUUUGCUGUGCGUCCUGAAGGCAGCCGUGCGCUUUUUGCUGCCCCCGAGGCGCAAAGACCUGGGGACUGAUGUGGUGCUGAUCACCGGAGGUGGCAGAGGAAUUGGCCGUCACCUGGCCAAAGAGUUUGCCAAGCAAGGAGCCAGAAAGGUGAUCCUCUGGGGCCGCACGGAGAAGUGUCUGAGAGAGACAUGUGAGGAGAUAACCAUGACAGGGACAGAAUGCCACUACUUUGUGUGUGAUGUGGGGAACAGAGAGGAGGUGUACCAGCAGGCCAAGGUGGUGAGGGAAAAGGUUGGCGAUGUUACCAUUCUGGUGAAUAAUGCAGCAGUGGUUCAUGGGAAAAGCCUGAUGAACAGCGAUGAUGAUGCACUUCUGAAAACACAGCACAUCAAUGCACUCGGCCAGUUCUGGACCACGAAAGCUUUCCUUCCUCGGAUGCUGGAGCUGUGCCAUGGCCACGUGGUGUGCAUCAACUCCAUCCUCUCGCUUUCUUCCAUCCCUGGAGCUAUCGACUACUGCACGUCCAAAGCCUCGGCCUACGCCUUUAUGGAGAGUCUUACUCUGGGCCUGCUGGACUGCCCAGGAGUGGACUGCACCACAAUAUUGCCCUUCCACACGGACACAGAAAUGUUCCAGGGCAUGCGUGUCAGGUUCCCUCAGCUCUUUCCUCCUCUGAAUCCUGAGAUGGUGGCUCAGAGAACUGUAGAUGCAGUCAGGACCAACACUGCCUUUGUUGUUCUACCGUGGACGAUGCACUUUCUCGUUGCCCUAAAGAGCCUUCUGCCACAAUGUGCUCUGGAGGAAAUUCACAAGUUUGCAGGAAGCUACACCUGCAUGAACACAUUCAAGGGACGGACAUAAAGAGCUGACCGCAGGGAAGGAUGGAAUGUGAAAAAUUUUGUUCAACAAACUUAUCAAGCAAUGCAAGCACUCGGUCCCUGGAACGACAAAACAAGCUGUAGCAAAAGAAUUCAGGAUCACAGGGAUACGGUGUAUCACAGUGGCUUGUUUAUCCAGCAUAUUUUUGUCAAUGGGUGUAGCAUGGACUGAUCAUUUGUAGUUGCUUGUGCUGGUAAUAUUGAUGUGUUAGUCUGAAUGGCUCGCAGGUUUGCUGGUUAGAGCGCUCCUCGGACUUGGUGAGAAUACUGGAGUAGACUCUUUAACCAAUAGAGAAACCGGUCAGGGGAACAUAUCUAUAAGGUUUUCAAUAAGGAUGUUAAACCCUCAUACAGAUACUGUGGAUGUAGCGCACAUUCUGUAGACUCUUACUAAUUUUAAAUGCUUUUUUUGUAAUUUAAGACAAUGCAAGUUCUUUCUCCAACUCAUUUUCAGUAAAUCCAAUGUAUCCACCUCAAUAUUCAUGUCAACACUGAAUAAACAGUAUUUGAUAUUAAAA